CGGCAGUAUUGCUACGCUAAGGCUGCUGUAAAGGAAAAUAAAACGCUGCCGCCGUAUGCAACUUUAUGCUACUUCAUACAACAAUACGCAAUGCCUUAUAUUUAUUAUAUCACUAAAAAGGUAAUUUUAAAAGGAGCGCCGUUAACAAAGGAAGUUAUCCACCUGCGCUGGUAGCUAAACAAGCCCUUGACCUAAACGAGCCGCUACUUUAAAUCCAAGACCCAGAUGUCGUUAAGAAUCUACAAGGCCGGCCGAGAUUGCCUCAGAAUAGCAGAGUUCCCGUUAAUUGCAACUUGCAGCCGAUUACAACGCCCUCCCUGCCGACCUCUAGUCAACCGGGCGGUCGAAGACUACCCUCAAGCAUAUGGCGCACUCAAACGGCGGCAGAGGUUGAAGCUGCUAGUCAGGGAGCCUUGCAGACGAGGCUAAAGCGAUCAUGAGUUGCAGGAAGCAAUAGAGGCCGAGGAAAUUGAGGAGGAAGACAGAGAGGCCGCGGCCGGGCCUCAGGCACUUAAGGCACUUAAGGCACUUAACGCCUUGCAGUUAUAGAAGAAAGCAGCACUGCAGAUGCUGCUGCAGAGGUUAAGGAAGUUAUCCCGGCAAUGCAAAUAGAGCCCUAG